AUGCCUGCUGAAAGAAUGGAUUCUGAAUUGUGGAAAUCAAAUGAAAUGUGGAAAGAAAAUGUUGAUAUAGUUUCUUCUCUGGAUGAAAGAACGCUCUUUUCAAGUUCUUUAUCAGAUUUGUGUAGCAGAAAAUUGCGAUUAUCUGCGAAUAAUGCUUUAUAUGCACAUUCUGUGGAUGCAAUUGCGUCGCGUUACGAGGAAGAGAGGCUUACUGAAUCGCUUGAAGAACUCAAGGCUCGAAUAAUUGUUAAUCUACUCCCAGAUGAGGAUGAUUUGCUUUCUGGAGUGACUAAUGACUUCGUCAUUCCAGAUAGCACGGGUGAUGAGGUCGAAGAACUAGACCUUUUCAAUAGUGGUGGAGGUUUUGAGCUUGAAGAUGAUGGUGAUUCGUCCUCCAGAGAAAAGAACUCUGAAAUCAUCGGUGGAGCUCGUAAUAAAAAUUCAAUCGUGGGAGAAAAUCUUUCUAGCGAACACGCUUCUAGAAGAUUGUUUGUGAGAAAUAUCGACGGUGAUGCUGAAAACUCGGUAUUGAAAGCCCUUUUUGAGCAAUUUGGAGAUAUUCAAACUUUUGAUAGAGCUUGUAAGCAUCAAGGGAAUGCUAUGAUAACAUAUUAUGAUAUCAGAGGUUCCCAAAAUGCAAUGAGAGCACUCCAGAAUCGACACUUCAGCUGCAGGAAAUUCGACAUUCAUUAUUCGACUUCUCAGGUUCAUCCCGAAUUCAAACAGAACGAAUGCAACCUCUGUCUACAUCAGAAGAGUCCUCCCCUUAAGCCAACAACUGGCGUGCAACAUGGGAUCUCUCCAAGUGUUCUGAACAAGUCACCGUCUCUAACCAUACAUAAAUCAGUUGGAAACCAAUGUGAAAUUUCUGAAUCAAGUUUCUCAGGCCAGUUGAAUUUUGAUACUCAGCCUGAAUUAGCUUUUCAACCUCAUUCCUUCCCAGAACAUCAUCGUAGUGGUGUACGCCACAGUCCUCUUGACGUGCCUGCAAACGUCAAUCUCAAAACACAGGAAAGAACCGAUAACAUGCAGUUUUUUCAAGUAAACUCCAAUAGACCCUUCAAGGAUUUUGAAGCAUGUGUUUCAAAAUCCUCCGGUAAUGAAUUCUCAAGCUUCCCUCUUCCUGGCCAUCAUGAAAACUGGACUAAUUCCUAUCCUCCGCCUCGAACCAUGUGGCAAAGUUCACCUUCAUUUUUCAAUGGAGCUUGUGCAGCACCUACCCUACAAAGAUUGAACCAAAUUCCUAUAUCACCACCACAUAUGCUAACUGUUUUACCAACAAAUAACCAUCUUGUUCAAUCACCUCCUCUUUGGCACAGAAGAUAUUCUUAUCCAGCUGAAUCUAUAACACCACACUCUGUCGACUUUGUUCCUCAUAACAUGCUCCCUCAUUUUGGACUCAACUUCCAUAACCAAAGGGCCAUGGUGUUUCCUGAAAGAAACCAUAUGAUUAAUUCAGUUGAUACUACUUAUAAACGCAUUCGAAGCCGUAGAAAUGUAGGCACGUCGAACUCGGCUGACUUGAAACAAUAUGAACUUGAUAUUGACUGCAUUAAAAGAGGCAAAGAUAACCGAACAACGCUUAUGAUCAAGAACAUUCCCAACAAGUAUACUUCCAAGAUGUUGUUGGCUGCAAUCGAUGCACACCAUAAAGGAACUUAUGAUUUUUUGUAUCUACCAAUUGAUUUUAGAAACCGAUGCAAUGUUGGAUAUGCAUUCAUCAACAUGACUGAUCCUAGCUUCAUUGUACCAUUCUACAAGGAUUUCAAUGAGAAAAAGUGGGAGAAAUUCAACAGUGAGAAAGUGGCAUCACUUGCAUAUGCUCGCAUACAAGGGAAGGCCGCUCUUAUUGCUCACUUCCAGAAUUCAAGUUUGAUGAAUGAGGAUAAGCGUUGCAGGCCUAUCCUCAUCAACACGGACGGUCCAAAUGCUGGUGAUGAGGUACCUUUCCCAAUUGGUAUAAUUGGUGGCAACAAAAAUGUAAGAGAUAGAAGCAACACUCUUGAGCAUAACACUCCUAAUUCGGGAAACUUGCAACCAUCAUCUGAUAAAGACAGUAUUUCAAAGGAAUCAGACUAA